AGCAUCCUCAAUUGUUGAACCCAAAUACCUGGCUCACGUUCGUAGUAGUUUGGCCCAAUUUGUUUGGUUUUGAUUCGCGGUUUCUCUCUCCGUGGUCGCGGCCAUCGUGAAAGAUGGAGACAAACAUCUCCGAGCCGUCGCAAGCGCAACCUGCUGCUGAAGAGCCAGUGAACUCAAUCGAGGAUGAUGGCAAACGCGGGGGCUUGGCUGCGCACAGCACGGUCUCUGAUGAACAGUUAAGGAUCAUGAUGGAUGUUGUCAUGGCGAUAUAUGAGUUCAGAGAAGAAGAUGGUCAUGACCCGUCUAAACUAUUCCAACGCAGUGUCAAUAAGCGUCUCGUGCCUGACUAUUAUGACAUUAUUAAGGAGCCGAUGGCGCUCAGCAUCUUGAAACAAAAAAUCAACAAACGCGAUUAUAAGAGAUUCUCUGAAUUCGUGCGCGAUUGUGCUCUGAUCCCUCAUAAUGCACAGACAUACAACCGUCCUAAGUCUCAAGCUUAUGAGGAUGCACUAGUCAUCAAGGAUGUCUUUAUUGCCGAGUUUGAAAAAUUGGUGAAGCAAGGUAUUAUAUCCGCAGAAGAGGCCGAACUCCCUGACCUUGGGGAGAUUCCCGAAGCAGAUCCUCUCCCCGAUGAGGAAGAGGAUGAAGAUGACGACGAUGACGACGAGGAUGAUGAAGAGGAUUCCGACGAAGAAGGUCGACGCAAGAAGAAACGGGGACCUCGUCCAGGUAGCAAACGGGAUGGGGCAAAAGACGAUGGCCAGAAGUCGAAUGACCCUGAAGUGAGGAAGAAAAGAGGCAGGCCACCGCGCGUUGACACCCCUAUGGAAGCCAGGAUUAAGGCAGUCCUCAAGGGGAUCCGAAAGCUUAAAGGACCUAGCAAUCAACUCAAAGUGCGACACUUCGAGCGCUUACCCGACAAGGCCAUGUAUCCGGAUUAUUAUAUCGAAAUCAAGGAACCUAUUGCCAUCGACAUGAUCAAACGGAAAUCAAAGAGAAAGAAAUACAACUCGGUAGACCAUUUCAUGAGAGAUAUGGAGCUCAUGUUCAACAACGCCAAGGCCUACAAUCAGCCCGAAAGCCAGAUUUACAAGGACGCGGUUGAUUUACAGUUGGAAGCGCGAAGACUUGCCGACCUCGAGAAGAAGAAGCCAGAUAGCGAGUACUUGAUGGAAGAUGGGCGGUUGCCUUUGCCGAAUGGUAUCCUAUACAAAUCUGAACUAUGGAGAGUUGGAGAUUGGGUCCAUAUCCAGAAUCCUAACGAUGUGACAAAGCCUAUUGUGGCACAGAUAUAUCGUACAUGGCAGGAUUCGGAGGGAGAGAAAUGGGUUAACGCGUGUUGGUACUAUCGCCCCGAGCAGACGGUUCACCACGUGGAGAAGCACUUCUACCCUAACGAGGUAGUAAAGACAGGACAAUAUCGCGACCAUCGGGUCGAAGAGAUUGUCGACCGAUGUUUUGUCAUGUUCUUCACUCGCUAUAAUCGUGGACGGCCUCGAGGCCUGCCUCCCAACAAAGAUGUCUACGUUUGCGAGGCUCGCUACAAUGAAGAGAAGCAUAAACUGAACAAGAUCAAGACAUGGGCCAGCUGCCUUCCCGACGAAGUCAGGGAGAGGGACUACGAGAUGGAUCUAUUCAAUGUUCCUCGGCGGAUCAAGAAGAUCCCAAGCCCCAUCAAACAUUUGCUGAAAAGCGAUGCGAAGGAAACCGAUGACCUCCCAAAGCCAACCUGGGGAGCAGAAAAUGCCCCGCCUGUUGUUGGCGCGGUCCAUUGCCGCCCGCGUGACGAGAAUGAAUCACCUCCUCCGGAGCCCACCCCUACCCCGCCUCCGUCGCUGCCCCAUCCAGCUCUGCCCCCAGCCUCCCUUCGACAGUCAUCAAUCAGCCAAAUCCCUCCACGUUCAAGUGUAGAGUCUCAAGGUACAGGCGCUGUGGCGGGCGCCUUACCUGCUACGGCCCGCUCGCCAGCUGCACCCAUGCCUCCGCCUCAGAGCUCGCCAGCUUCGGUGCCGCCGAUGGCUUUCUCUCAGCCUCGGGUUCCUCCGAGUCAGCCCUACCAGCAUGGGUCAUCGAGGCGUUCCAGCGGAUUCGUGCCGCAAACCCCUCAUCCCGGUGCCUACCAAGCGCCAGUUGUGUCACAUCCCUUCUCAACCACGCAAUCAACACCGUAUAUGCCCUUGCAAGCGAACCGCCUACACGGCCCUCCUGCAAAUUCUUUCAAUCCUAACGCCCCUCGUCCCAUUGAAGUGUUUCAUCUAAGUGAUACUGCAAACGCUGCGAUUCCGGCGGACAUUCGUGAACAGUUUCACUGUGAUGACCAAGGCCAUGUACUGUUUUUCUCGGCCCCACCGCUAGACAUCAUUCCAUCCUAUCAACAGAAACUGGGUCAUUCACUCAAAUAUCUAGCCGCAAAGGAGGAGCGGCGCAGGGUAGUGGAGACCAAGAAACGCAAGGAAGCCCAGGACCAAGAGGCACAGAAGGCAAUCGCCAAGCGCCAGCGAGCGGAUGAGAAGGAUGCUCUUGCGACACAGGUGGAGAUGCUUACAGUCAAGGCUUUGGACACUAUGACAAGUCAUAUUCAAGCGGGUACAGAUAAGCUCUAUGAGAUUUUGUAUCAGGACAGAGCAGAAACUGCCAGACAAGCUGAUACUAUGGCGCACGAGCAGUGGAAGACCGCCGAUCAGAUUUCGCGCGAAAAGACGGCGCAUAUCCAAGCCCACUCUCAGAACGCAAAAUUCAUUAGUCUUAAAGGUAGUGCCAUGUAUAUGGCUGAUGCUGACUCUAAAAGCUGACGGUAAGAGAAGUACUUUGUGUCGACAUAGUACUGUGGACUACGCCCUCCUUCUGGAUGGCGGACAACAACAAACCACCGCACCGGCAAUUGUUUCCGUCAAGUGAACAGUGGCUGACCUGAUCAAAUUCUGCAUUGGGCCUCAGGCGGUCGAAUGAGUUAUUCGUGUACACUAGCGCAGGUUCCAUUUAUUUUUGCAAGGG